AUGGCAGCCGGACAGCGCCGCGAAGAGGACCGCCAUACCUUCUACGCGGGAAAGCAGCAACCAUCGGACUCGGCCGGCAGCUUUGAAACAAUCGAUCCUUCAACCGCUCGGCCGGUAUGCACUAUUCACACCUCGUCCGAGGCCUCAAUUAACAAAGCCAUUGAAUCCGCACAAUCCGCUUUCCCUUCAUGGUCAGCCACCCCACCUAUUGAGCGGGCUCGUGUCCUGCUGCGAGCAGUUGCUCUUUUAAGAGAGAGGAACGAUGAGUUAGCCAAGGUCGAGACUCUAGAUACUGGCAAACCAUUCUCCGAAACUUCAGCAGUGGACAUUGUAACUGGCGCUGAUGUCCUCGAGUACUUUGCCAAUCUUGUUUCUAGCGGUGGUUUAAAUGGCGAGUCUUUCCGCCUGCGGCCAAGUGCUUGGGUUUACACAACCAAAGAGCCCCUCGGCGUCUGUGCUGGCAUAGGCGCUUGGAAUUACCCAAUACAAAUCGCCUUAUGGAAGUCUGCACCGUGCUUGGCUGCCGGCAACUGUAUGGUAUACAAGCCAAGUGAGUUUACGCCGCUGCAUGCACACUACUUGGCAAGCAUCUACAAAGAGGCAGGACUGCCCGACGGCGUAUUCAAUGUGGUGUACGGCGCCGGCCAAGUUGGAGCUCAGUUGACAAGUCAUUCUGCAAUCGCCAAAGUCAGUUUUACAGGACAAGUCAGCACUGGUAAGAAGGUGGCUGGCUCUGCUGCAGGCGGCAUGAAGUACGUUACGAUGGAAUUGGGUGGAAAGAGUCCGGUCAUCGUGCUUCCGGAUGCCGAUGUCGACCAGGCCGUUGAUGGCGCGAUGUUGGCAAACUUCUACAGCACAGGUCAAGUGUGCACAAAUGGCACGAGGGUGUUCGUUCCGAAAUCAAUGAAACAAAAGUUUGAGCAGACAAUCAAGGAGAAGAUACAGUUCGUGCGGGCAGGUGAUCUUUUCGAUAUGGAUACAAACUUUGGGCCCCUUAGCAGCAAAUCCCACUACGAGAAAGUCCAAAACCACAUCAAGCGCGGUGUCGAAGAUGAUAAGGCAAAACUGUUGUGCGGCGGUACUGGUCAUCCGGAAGGACUGCCGAGCGCGGUUAAGCAGGGAUACUGGGUAAAGCCUACAGUCUUCACGGACUGCACUGAUGACAUGUCUAUUGUCAAAGAGGAAAUCUUCGGCCCCGUCAUGUCCAUUCUCACAUACGACACCGUUGACGAGGCAGUCCGACGUGCAAAUGCGACAGAGCUUGGCCUGGCUGCAGGUGUCUUCGGCAAGGAUGUCAACGAGUGCCAUCGGGUCAUUAGCCAACUAGAAGCCGGCAUCACUUGGGUUAAUACAUGGGGCGAGUCGCCUGCGGAGAUGGCGGUUGGCGGCUGGAAACAAAGCGGUGUCGGCGUCGAAAACGGAAGACGCGGGUUGGAAGCAUGGGUCAGGAACAAAAGCACACUUGUUGAGAUGGGCGGCAGUGUAGCCACAGUUUUCUCAAAAUUGUAA